GGCCAUCAAGAAAAGUGCAUUAUUAAUCAUUAUUAUACACACUUAAUGAUUAUUAAUUUAUAAUAAAUGCAAUAAAAUUUUAAGAGAAAAACUUGACUGUCUGCUAAUGGAUGGAGAGACGGACCUGUAAGCUGAAGGUUGUGAAAAGCUGCUGAAACUAAGCAAAUAAAACCAAAUUAAACUAAUCCCGUUCAUGUCUUUUAAUUCAAAUUGAAAGAUGAAAAAUGCAACGUACUAAAAAGACGAAGAGCCAUCAUUUCCUUUAUCUGUGCAAUGAUAACUUUAUGACGCUGAGUCAUGGCUCAUGAGUCAUUACAGGAAGAAAGGAAGAAAAAAAAAGAGAAAAGCAAUUAAACUUCCUUGAAUUUGUAAUACACCGCACCUGAUCGUCAGAAACAAGCGAUUAAAGAUAAGUUUUCUUUGCUGACUGUUCCAGCCUGCUCCAUCUAGUCAAAAUUAAUAUCUGUUUGCUUUUCUAAAAUGCGCUUCAAGCGUGAGGCCACUCUUUCUUGCUCUAUAAACACACACCAGUGUUUUAGUUUUGUAUGAUGAAAAUAAUGAUCCAAAAUUAGUUUGUUUUUGCGUUCCCAUGAUGUUAUGACAGUUAUUUCUGAACGUUUUUUGACUUCAAAUUUUAAAGUGUCUUAAAAAUGUUUUUUUUGUUACGCAAACAUUAAGAGAAACAUAAAGAGAACGUUUUGCGAACAUUAUCAGAACGCUAUUUUCAAACGAUCUAAAGGAAGUAUUACGUUUUUUUGUUGUUUACAAUUUGAACAUUUUAAAAAAUAUCCCAUGAACGAUGUAGCGUGCAGAGCAUGUUUGGGGGCGGGGCUACGGUGUGACAUCACCGCAAGUGAGUGAAAGACUUUCGAAGACAAUUAUAUUCGGAAACGUGAAAAUUACAUCCGAUACUGAAUACUGAGCUUGUUUAGCAGUUUAACAGCAUGUAAAAGUAUAUCAUUUUAUUAGCUGUAGGCUAAAUCAAGAGCUGUGUGUGUAGAGAACAAAAGUCCAGUGGAAAUCAUCUUUUCUCCCCUUCUGACGAUCAACGAUGCCCUGAUUUUGGUGGUUAUAAAGACGAUCUUAUCGGACUAUCCUGUGUUACGAGUGACAGAAUAUUUACAAUCUAAAAUCCUGAUGUGUGAGGGGAACCCUGAGGAGAUUAUCACGUGAAAUUAAGCGACAUCCAAUCAGAAAGCGAGCCGACAGAAGACCGAAGCAUAUUAACGAAUGCAGUCACGGCGCAGUGCAGAAGUAUCCGGACAGCAUCGAUUUUUAUUCCCAAAACUCAAGAUUUCGUUUGCGGCCUCUCAUAUUUUGACGAUCUUACAAGAUGUGUGUCUAUCCAGCCUUACGGUGCAUCUGGAAAUGAAUCGCAGCGCUUCUCUUUUUCUGCGUUUUGUUAUUUUACAGCCUUAUCCCCAAAAAUCGGCAACAUUCUAGAAGCAACACCCCAUAAUGACAACGUGAAAGAAAUGUUUUGAAAUCAUAUUCAAAAUAAAAACAAAACAAGAAAUCAUAUGCAAAUAAGUAUUCACGGACACUCAAAACUGAGCUUAUCUUGUUUUCACCGAUCAUCCAUGAGAUGUUUCUACAACUUGAUUGGUGUCCACCGGUGGUACGUUCCACAUCAUUUGGAAAGGCAAACACCUGUCUAUAUAAAAGGUGUCUACACUUCUGUACACCUCAGAGACAGGAUCGCAUCGAGGCACAGGUCUUGGGAAGAAUACAGAAACCGAGCGACUGAUAGAGAAGGAAGGGCCUUGUCUAAAUUGGUGACCAAGAACCUGAAGGUCACUCUAGUUGAGCUCCAUGAGAGCCCUCAGGUUGUGAGAAAAAAACAAGAUUCUCUGGGCUCGUUUCUAAGCAUCAUGUUUGAAGGAGACCAGCUCUGCUCAUCACAUGAGUACCAUCCCCAAAGUAAAGUGCGCUGGUGGCAUCCGCUGUUUUCCAGCAACAAGGAAAGAGAAGCAAAGCUCAGUGCACCGAAAUAUAGAAAUAGCCAGUCCAGAGCAUUUAGAGCCUCGGCAUGUUCUCCGGUCCAAUGCUUGGCGGCGUAGCACAUCCUUUAUUGGUUCACCUGAUAGUUAAUCAAAUCCUGAAAAUGAGAUAGAAGUUUGACUUGUGAGCAGAAAGAAAAGAAAAUAAACUUCAAAGACAAACAUGCACAGUAAUGUACUACUCUGCAAACUGCAAUAAAGUAGUGACACAGCUGUCACCGAGAAAAGGUACUAGCUAAAAAAAUACUGUAAAGUUUUCUCAGCAGGAAUGAAUUUUUGUAAAUAGUUACGGUGGUGGGGGCGGAGCUACUGUGUGACAUCACUGCGAGAACCGGAUGAACUGGAAGCUUCGACAAACAACAUUUCUUUUCAGAAAGCAAAAAUGAACGAUCAUAUCUAAUAUCCACUCACAGUCAUGGCGUCCUCCAGCGGUCCACUAAACGAGGAGCUCCUGUGCUCCAUCUGUCUGGAUGUGUUCACUGAUCCGGUCACCGCUCCAUGUGGACACAACUUCUGCAGAACCUGCCUGAACAAGUUCUGGACAAACACUCAGACCUGCUUCUGUCCAUUCUGUAAAGAAAAGUUCAGAAAAAGACCUGAUCUCAAGAUUAAUACAACACUCAGAGAGGUUGUGCAACACUUUAAGGAGAAGCUCAAUCUAGGAAGACCUGAGGCAUUCUGUGACUUCUGUGAUGAAAGGAAGCAGAAAGCCGUGAAGUCCUGUCUGACGUGUCAAAGCUCUUACUGUGAGACUCACCUGGAGCCUCAUCACAGAGUCCAGCGUCUAAAGAAACACACACUCAUCAACGCUGUGGAAAAUCUAGAGGAUUAUUUAUGCCAAAAACACGAGAGACCUUUGGAGCUGUUCUGCAGAGAUGAUCAGAUGUGUGUGUGUCUAUUCUGCACUGAAGGAGAACACAGGACUCACAACACCGUUCCCAUAGAGGAGGAGAGUGAAGAGAAGAAGAAUCAGCUGGUUCAGACACAGACAGACAUUCAACAGAUGAUCCAGAACAGAAGGAAGAAGAUUCAAGAGAUUCAGCACUCAGUAGAGGAGAGAAAGAGGAACACAGAAGAAGAGAAAUCAGCCAGUGUCGAGCUCUGCACCAAUCUGAUCCGCUCCAUUGAGAGAUGUCAGUAUGAGCUGCUGAAGAUGAUGGAGGAACAGCAGAAAGCAGCAGAGAAACAGGCUGAAGAUCUCAUUAAAGAGCUGCAGCAAGAAAUCAGUGAUCUGAAGAAGAGAAACGCUGAGCUGGAGCAGAUCUCACACGCUGAAGAUCAUCUGUACCUCCUGCAGAUGUUCUCAUCCCUUUACAGUCAUCUACACACUGAGAACUGGACUGAAAUCAGUACUGAUUCUAAUAUGGAUGUGCUCCCUAUGAAAAGAGUUCUGAUUCAGCUGAAGAAAACUCUAGACAAGAGUCUAAAUGAAAAACUCAGUCAAAUUGGUUUGAAGUGUGUGCAGACGUUUGCAGUGGAUGUGACUCUGGAUCCUGAAACAGCGAAUCCAUAUCUCAUCCUGUCUGAUGAUGGAAAACAAGUCAGUUUUGAAGAUGUUGAGCAGGACGUCCGAGAAAACCCAAAGAGAUUUGACUUCUGUUCUUGUGUUCUGGCAAAGCAGGGAUUCAGUUCGGGCAGGUUUUACUUUGAGGUGCAGGUGAAGGGGAAGACUAGAUGGGAUUUAGGAGUGUCCAGAGAAUCUAUUAACAGGAAGGGGAAGAUCUUACUGACUCCUGAGGAUGGAUACUGGACUCUGAUUCUGAGGAAUGAGAAUCGGUAUAAAGCUUCUGAUAAUCCACCUCUCUCCUUCUCUCUGAAAGUGAAACCUGAGCACGUGGGAGUGUUUGUGGAUUAUGAGGAGGGUCUGGUUUCUUUUUACGAUGUAGAGUCCAGCUUUCAUAUCUACUCUUUCACUGGUCAGACUUUCACUGACAAACUCUAUCCAUACUUCAGCCCAGGCCAUAAUGAUAAAGGACGAAACUUAAACCCACUGGCUAUAUUACCUGUUAACAAAUAAAUUGCUCUGAAAUAUGCCCUAAAUUGUUUUCUAAAGGAAGGAAAUUAAACAUGUUGUGUUAGUCUGGGCUUAACUGCAUGUCUUUUAGUAUCAAAGAUAUGCAGUUAACAUGCAGUAACAAGAUGAGGUAGAAAACACAAAGACACGUAGAUAUUGAUACUGUGAUACUGAACAGGUGUCAACAGCUGAUUAGUUUCUAGGUAGAGGGUAAAUGUAUCAGGAAAUCAGUGGAGUUGCACGGGCAUGGGAUGGAGUUUCCUUCAAGGGGAGCUCAUGGGCACUCCAGCUGGUAAGCAGAACUAAUGUAGACCACACUAAACCAGCUUAUAUUUUAAUGCAAGGAGCCACUACAAAAUCAUUCACAAGCUCCUAUGGAUUCAAUUUUGGUUGUAACUUGUUUAAAUAAAUAUUAAAACUACAGUGUA